AUGUUCGAAUUAAAAACCAUCAUCAAGACGAACGCCAAUGCCGGCACUUUCUUCAACGUUAGUAGUCAAACAUCGGUGCGAGAUGGAAAGAAACGUCAACAUAGCCAUUCAUGGGAGUCACAGCAGCCAGCGCCGCCUCACACGCAGACCCUGGCGGCAGCAGACGAGAUUUCGAGAUUACCCUCCACAGAACCGACAUACUCGGAACAUAUGGCUCUUCCAAGUAAGCUGCGGACGGCUGGCAUCCUAGUGACGCUCGCGUCCGUGUCGCUUCUAAACACGUUCAACUCCGGCCUGCUUACCGUGGCCCUGCCCGCAGUAAGCAGGGAGCUCGACAUUGCUCCAAGUGUGCAACUAUGGCCAGCAUCGGUCUAUGCUCUUGGAUUGUCGUGCGGUCUUCUUCCCCUUGGCGCCAUCGCCGACGUUGUCGGCAACCGUCCAGUCUUUUUGACGGGCCUAUUACUAUACACGGUGUUCACCUUGGCAGUGUCGCUCAGUCGCACUGGAGGAGAGCUCAUUGCCUUUCGCACGGUGCAGGGUGUUGCAAUGUCCUUUUGUAUGCCGCCCGCCGUGAGCAUCAUAACUUCAACCUUCCCCGCGGGCCGCACCCGCAAUGUUGCUUUUGCGGUCUUCGGUGGCGGUAAUCCGGUUGGCUUCGCCAUGGGCCUUGUCUUGGGCGGUGUCUUUGUCCAGGUUGCGAGUUGGCGCGCUGGCUACUGGAUGUCCACCAGUGUCAACGCGGCAGCCAUGAUCCUCGCCUUCUUCUGUCUGCCUAGGCGUCUCCCGGGAUCGGACCGAGUCCCGCUGAGGAGCAUUGUCCACCGUCUUGCCCAUGAGCUGGACUGGGUCGGCGUCGUUUCUGCCAGUGCCUGUUUGGCUCUCCUGUCUUACCUCUUCUCCGAGCUGACAAACGGCGCCGCCAGCUUUAUCCGCCGGCCGCACUCCAUCGCUCUGUUAAUCAUUGCCGGAUUGCUUAUUCCAUUUUUCGUUUUCUGGGAGAGCCGCCAGGAGAGACUUGGCCGCCCAGCCGUUCUUCCAAACAGCAUUUGGCACCGAAUCGAAUUCACAACCGUCUGUCUCUCCGUCUUCCUCACCUGGUCUUGGUUUAACGCCUUUUCGUACUGGGCUACUCUUUAUUAUCAGGAGUCCCAGCAGUUAGAUGCUUUGCAGACGGCGGUACGGUUUUUGCCAGUGGUUUUCUCUGGUCUGGGCACCAACGUCGUCGCAGCCUAUAUCAUGGACAGAGUCAACGCGGGCAUACUGAGCCUCAUCGGGGGAGUCAUCAGCAUCGCGGCGCCUCUUAUCUUUGCCUUACAGGAUGUGUCGUGGAUGUACUGGAAGUCUGCCUUCCCGGCCAUGAUCAUCAGCGUUAUCAGCACCGACCUGCUCUUUAACAUCAGCAACCUAGUCAUUACGAACAACUUCCCAGGCAAGAGCCAGGCUCUCGCCGGUGGCGUCUUUAACACUGUUGCGCAGUUAGGCAACAGCAUCGGCCUGGCUGUCACUGCUAUGAUUGCGGCCUCGGUACAGGAAGCUGCUGGAAGCGAAAAAAUAGCUACCAGCGGCUCCGUGACAUAUAAUUCCUCUCUGCUGCAGGGCUACCGGAGCGGAUUUUGGACAUGUUUCGCUGCUGCUGUUGUGGCCACACUGAUUAGUUCGAUUGGCCUGCGAAAGGCUGGGAAGGUGGGAGAAAAGAAAGAGGUCUAG